AUGUUAAAGAACCUUAAUCUGAACGAGUAUGAUAUCGCCUGUAUACAAGAACCAUAUUUAAACCCUGUAAAUCUCGCUAACACUUCUAACCUUAAACAGUUCUGGGAUGUAGUCUAUCCGACGGACCACCACAACAGCGCAGGACGAUCACAAAUGCUCACCCUUGUUAACAAGAGACUAUCCAAAAAUAACUGGCACAUAGUACCGGUCAAGUCCCCCAAUAUCACCGCGUUAGAACUCACAGGUCAAUUUGGCAAGGUACGCUUAUACAACAUAUAC